AUGGCGGUCGAGUCGAUACCCAAGCCCUCCAUGACACCCGAGCAGGUCGCCAUUGUCAAGUCGACGGCGCCCAUCCUCAAGGAGCACGGCGUCGCCAUCACGACACACUUCUACGCCGCGAUGCUCGCCGCCCACCCGUCACUGCACAACAUCUUCAACCGCGCCAACCAGGCCACCGGCGACCAGCCCCGCGCCCUCGCAAGCCUCGUCUUCGCCUUUGCCGCCCACGCUGACGACCUGCCCGCCCUCGAGCCCGCCAUCCGCCGCGUCGUCCACAGGCACGUCUCCCUCCAGGUCCAGCCCGCCCACUACCCCAUUGUCGGCGAGUUCCUCAUCGCCGCCGUGGCACACAUCCUCGGGCCCGACACCGUCACCCCGGCCGUGGCCGACGCCUGGACUGCCGCGUAUGCCGUGCUCGCAGACAUCUUUGUCAGCGCCGAGGCGGACAUGUACCGCGACAACCAGGACCGCGUCGACCCCGUGACCGCUCACAAGAUCUGGCCCACCCCGGCCGGGCAUGAUGGCUGGCGGCCGUUUGUGAUCCAGCGCCGUGUCAACGAGUCUCCAGACGGCAGGAUCGUCAGCUUUUAUCUCGUCCCCCAAGAUGCCCUUCCUUCUUCGUCCGAUGAGGGGCUUGGUCCAAAACAGCACCAGCCCCUCCCGACCUUCCUGCCGGGGCAGUACAUCAGCAUCCGCGUCCCCGUCCCCGAGCAUGGCGGCGGAAAGAUACUGCAGCCGCGGCAGUACUCGCUCAGCGAUGCCCCCGGAAAGGACUACUACCGCAUCACGGUCAAGCGCGAUGUAGAGCAGCACGUCGUCGCAGAAUCUCAGCAGGGGCAUCAUCCCCAGGUCCGUCCUGCCGGCCUGGUGUCGAAUAUCCUGCACGACAACUACAAAGAGGGCGAUAUUGUCGAGGUCACAUAUCCCAUGGGCGAAUUCUAUCCCCCCUCCAAAAACGACGAGGAUGUGCUGCCAAAUGGGGCAGAGAAGCCAAUGGUCCUCAUCUCCGCGGGCGUCGGCAUUACGCCCGUGAUGUCGAUCCUCAACACCGUCUUGGCCGCCGCCAACGGCAGCAGCAGCGAGGGCGGCGGCGCCAAGCGGCCGUCGUCAAGAAGAAGCAGAAGCAGCAGAAAGGCGCCGAUAACCUGGAUCCACGGCUCGCACAGCACCACGGCGCGGGCGUUCCACGAGCACGUCGCAGAGGUCGUCUCGGCCCAUCCGGGGGUCGUCAGUGCGCAUCUGUUCCUCACUGUGCCCCCGGGUGACAGCAGCAACACCGAGAACGGUGUCCAGGGCCGAGAAGGAGAGGGACAAGGACACGAGAGACAAAAAGGCGGGCUGUUCCUGGACGACCCCACGGCAGAGUACUUUGUCUGCGGCCCGCGCGGGUUCAUGGACGCGGUGCGGGACUACCUCGUCGAGAAGAACGGGGUUGACGAGGCGAGGGUGUUUCGAGAGGUCUUUGGUACUGGCAGCUGA